AUGAUUGCCAGUGGCCCAACGGACGAGGACUCCAACCGAGCAAGGAAGUUGCAUGCUCAGCAACUUGAAAUUCAUGCUGUUGGAUGUAGCAAGGAGAGGGAGGACAUACCGGAGAUCAUCUUUGGUCCCCGGGACACGGAGGGAGUAGAAGUCCCUCAUAACGACACCCUGAUCAUCCAAGUGGUAAUAGCUAAUUACACUAUUUUUCGAACUUUUGUAGAUACAGGCAGCUCGAUGAACAUUAUGUUCAAGAAAGCAUUCGACAAGAUACAAAUCGAUCGCAACAAGUUGCAGCCCAUGACCACUCCUCUAUACGGGUUCACCAGCAACGAAGUGUUGCUGAUCGGCCAGGCGCGGCUGGUCAUAUCACUUGGAGAAGAGCCACUGAAGCGGAUGAGGACCACGAAUUUCAUCGUGGUGGAUGCGCCGUCGGCGUACAACGUCAUAUUGGGGUGA